AUGGGAUUUAAGAACAAAACAGCCAUUAUGGACUUUGUCCUCAGAGGUUUCUCGAUACAGCCCCAAUAUGAAGGUCCACUUUUUUCUCUUUUCCUUUUCAUGUACUUGCUGACCUUCCUGGGAAACUCACUCAUCAUUCUGCUGAUCCUCUUUGAUGCUCACCUCUGUGGUCUUCCUAUGUAUUUCUUCCUUAUCCAGCUGUCACUGGUGGAUAUUUGCUUCAGUUCUGCUACCACCCCAAAAAUGCUGGAGAUACUGCUGUCCAAGAACAAGACCAUUUCCUACACAGAGUGUCUGUUGCAGCUUUAUCUUUUAAUCACCCUUGCUAAUGUUGAUGGUUUCCUCCUGGGCUCUAUGGCAUAUGAUCGUUAUGUGGCCAUCUGCUUCCCAUUAAAUUAUGUUGCUAUAAUGACUCGAAAGCGCUGUCUUGAACUAGUGGCUGGCUCCUGGCUGCUCCCCUGUCUCCAUUCCUUACUGCACACCCUCCUGAUGUCCCAGCACUCUUUCUGUGGCUCCUUGGAGAUCUCCCACUUUUUUUGUGACAUCCGGGAGCUCCUCAGCCUUUCAUGUUCUGAUGUAUCCAUUCACCAAAUGAUCAUUUUCAUUGAAGGAGCAUCUGUGACCCUCUCCCCUUUAGUGUGUAUCCUUCUAUCUUAUGUUCAGAUUCUUUCCAACAUACUGAAGAUUCCAAAUGCCCAAGGGAAGUACAAGGCUUUCUCCACUUGUGGGUCCCACAUCCUCUCAGUGGCUUUUUAUUUUGGGUCAAUUAUGGGAGUCUAUUUUCAACCUUCUUCUCCUGAGAGAUCAACCAGUGUAGGGACCUUCAUAGCAUCUGUGAUUUUUAUGGUGAUCACCCCAAUGUUAAACCCAGUAAUAUAUAGCCUGAAAAACAAUGAGGUGAGAAAUGCCAUGAAGAGGGUCUGUAGAAAGAUGAAAAAGAAACAUUGGGUCUGA